AGGAAAAGCAUUCCUUUCAAAAAGUCUUAUAUCUGGAUGGGGUAAUUCUUCCAAUACUGACAUCUAUGUGAUAGUACUUUGUACUAAGCCUAAAUAAACCUACUCCUACGUCUCAGUAAAAAAUAUAUCUCUUUAUAAAUGAACUACUCAAUAACUUAAGUGUGUACUUUUUUUUUUAAUCGAUAGAAGCUUUAGAGAGCAACGUAGUUAUAUGGCUACUAUACAACUCUGUAAUACAAUGUCCCACGUUAUGCAGAGAGAACAACAACCAGAUACAACGUUUGGUUUUGUUGCUAGAUAAUAUGUUCUAGCGAAUGCCAGUUAGGGAGUAAAAGUAUCAGAACAUACAUGUUUCUCCUAACGUUAGGUUAGUUAUGAAUUGACAGCACAAACAGGUCUGAGUCGACUGUUGACUGCUCUCAGCAAACACGGAGAACGGAGCUCUAAGAACACGCGAACAGUCGUACUAACCUCCCUUAUCGUCAGGCCGAGCAUAUUUAAAGUAAGUGUGUGACAACCUCUCAAAUUAACAACAACCUUUGCAGGGUUUGCGGCACCAGCGGGCUGCCAUGUUUGUUUCGACAAUCAACGUUGAACAGCGCGUUUUGUGAUUGGACGGCCGCUGAAGAACCAGCGCUCUGAUUGGUGGGAAGACGGAGUGGGAGGGGCCGUUAAAAUACACCGGUUGCGGAAACCGGACAUUCAGGGAAAGGACGUUGUUUUAUAUUGACCUUAUACUUUGGAUUUAUUUUACAGCUUUUAUCGAAACGGCAUGUUUAUGUAAGAACACAUAUGUAGUACAGAAUGGAGUUCGUGGCUUAUAGAUAACUUCAAUUGACUGCUGCGUAGUAUAGUGGCCGUACAGGAUUGCUAAUGUACAGUUCCACCAGUUUACCGGACAGUAUUUAAUCUUAAAAGUGCUGAAAGAUGAGUCAUUUGAGACACUUGGUGUCCAGCGGGCGCUUGUUUCGCCUCAGUAAAGUACCACGCGUGAACACCGCCGUUUGCUGCCAUGUUAGUCAGAAUAGACCGUUCAGUACUACCGACCGCAGCAUGACGGUCAUGCCCGCCUGGGUCAUUGACAAAUACGGAAGCCAUGGUCCGUUGAGGUUCACCAGAAACGCCAAUUUCCCCGUCAUCAACUACCCCAAUGAGGUCAUCGUCCGAGUGCAUUCAGCGGGCCUGAACCCGCUGGACGUCCGCAUGAGAGAUGGCUACGGGGCCAGGAGCCUGUCGAUGAAGAGAGACCCUCUGAACGUCAAUUCCGGCAACGAGUUCCCCCUCAUCCUGGGCAGGGAUUUGUCCGGGGUCAUCAUGGAGUGCGGCCUGGACGUGAAGUACUUCAAGGAGUGGGACGAGGUGUGGGCGGCCAUCCCUCCGUGGAAGCAGGGCAGCUUGUCUGAGUUCGUGGUGGUGAGUGCCAACGAGGUAUCCCACAAACCAAAGUCCAUGAGCCACACAGAGGCAGCAGCCGUUCCCUACGUGGCAUCAACCGCCUGGUCAGCACUGGUCAACACUGGUGGGCUCAGCAAGGACAACUGUGCCAAGAAGCGGAUUUUGAUCAUCGGAGGGUCCGGGGGCGUGGGAACGUUUGCUAUACAGAUGCUGAAGGCUUGGGGCGCCCACGUGACCGUCACCUGCUCCCAGAAUGCAGAGCUGUUUGUGCGGGGCCUGGGGGCGGACCACGUGGUGGACUACACCGCCGGGCCCGUGGAGGAGCGGCUCGGCUCGCUGGCGAAAUUCGACCUGAUCCUGGAUAAUGUCGGGGGGGACACGGAGCGCUGGGCGCUGACUCUGCUCAAACCUUGGUGCGGCGCCAAGUUCGUCACCCUGGUCACGCCGUUCCUCCAGAACACCGACAUGCUAGGCAUCGCUGACGGCAUGGUGCAGAACGCCGCCACGGUGGCCUCCAAAGUCCUCAAGCACCUCGCCAAAGGCGUUCACUACCGCUGGGGGUUCUUUGCACCGAGUGGUCCCGCCUUGGAUGAAAUAAUGGAAAUGGUGGAUGCAGGACAGAUUCGGGCUGUGGUGGAGGACACCUUCGGCUUCUCCGAGGUUCCUCAGGCCUUUGAGAGGAUGGAGAAAGGUCAUGCUCGUGGAAAGACAGUGGUGCAGAUCAGAAAAUAGAGAGAAGACGUAUAGCACCGUCUAGAAAUGUGUGUGUAAAGAUGUUUUUGUAUGUUUGGCUUUUUUUUCUACUGGCUUGGAAAAUAAAAUGAUCUGAUUAAAAAAAA